AUGCUACCGGGACUUCUUUUCAAGGCACCAAAUAUCCAUGAAUAUGCAACCCAGCUUCUAAAACAAAAUGGAGGCACCUUUGAGUUUAAAGGUCCAUGGUUUGCUAACAUGAACAUUUUGCUCACUUGUGAUCCUCUUAAUGUUCGCCACAUUUCGACCAAAAACUUUGUCAACUACCCAAAGGGCCCUCAGUACAAGAAGAUUUUUGAGCCUUUUAGAGAUGGAGUUCUUAAUUCAGAUUUCGAAACAUGGAAGUCGUUUCGUAAGAUGAUUCAGUCCAUGAUUAAAGACAACAAGUUCCAGGUUUUUCUCGAGAGAUCUUUGCGGGAAAAGAUAGUCAAAGGUCUAAUCCCAGUACUUGAGCAUGUGUCGAGACAAGAAAUAGAAUUGGACAUGCAAGAUAGCCUCUCUGUUGAUUUGCCAGAAAUUGCUUACAAAACAGCAUUUGAUGAUGUAGAGGAGGCUGUGUUUUACCGACAUAUUGUCCCUCAAAGCAUUUGGAAAUUGCAGAAAUGGCUUAACGUAGGAGAAGAAAAGAAGCUAAGCCUUGCCAUGGACAUCAUAGACAAUUUUUUGGAGCAGUGUAUCUCAUCAAAGAAAGAAGAAAUUCGCAAAACGCAAAGCCCAAACGCCAUCUGCGAGACUCUUCGGCUGUACCCGGCUGUACCUUUUAACUAUAGAGUAUCUGUUGAAGCUGACACCCUUCCUAGUGGCCAUCAGCCAGAGAGAUGGAUUUCGGAGCGAGGAGGGAUCAUUCAUGUUCCAUCUUACAAGUUCAUUGCGUUUAAUACAGGACCCAGGAGCUGUUUAGGUAAAGAAAUAACCUUCAUUCAAAUGAAGACAAUUGCAACAGCUAUACUCUUGAAUUAUCAUCUUCAGGUGGUUGAAAGUCAUCCCAUUUCACCAGGUCUUUCUGUCAUGAUGCAUAUGAAGCAUGGUAUGAAGGUUAGGGUCACCAAGAGAAGAGUUUAA